CGAUAUAAUGGAUCUGAUCAGAUUAUAUCAAACAUUUAAUAUAUUACUUUUGAAUAAACUCAUUGAAAAUGAGAUUCUUUAUGUUGACCGCUCUUUUGCUCGUUGCCGCAAUCAAUGUAACUCUUGCAUGUGAAUGUGGUUUGGAAGGUUCCUCCGGCCGAAUCUACAAAGGUUCAAAGGUCCGAGCCAAUAAGUAUCCUUGGUUAGCUCAUAUUAGGAGCUUCUCUAGCCGAAACUCUCGCUCCUUUGGUCAAUGCGGAGGUUCAUUGAUUGAUGAAACUCAUGUUGCUACUGCUGCUCAUUGUGUUGUCGAUGAAAAUAAUCAAGUUUUCAGACCAGAAAACAUUGAUGUCUUCCUUGGACGUGUCAAGGCUUUCAGUGAUCGAUCCAAGCCUCAUUCAGUUUCAAAAGUUUGGGUUGACUCUCAAUACGAAAGAAGCAACCUCGCCCAUGAUUUCGCUAUUUUGACCCUUUCCUCACCAGUCAAAUACAGCCAAACAAUCGCACCAGUUUGUUUACCAAACGUUGAAAGUGGUUUAUCUAAGCUUACAGUAUCUGGUUGGGGAACCACUGCAGCCGAUGCUAGUUCCAGUGAUGAUCUUUUGGAAGUCGAAGUCGAUUUCUUAAGCAAGAAUGAAUGCAAUGAAGUGAAGAAAGACUUUUUGAUGAAACAAAAUGGAAUCCCCUCGUCAAUGAGAAACCGAGUCAAGAUUGACGGUGUUGUCGACACUCACAUGUGUGCCAUCAACAAGAAGACCAAGGGUGAUGCUUGUUCAGGUGAUUCAGGUGGACCCCUCAUGCACCGUGGAGGCAAUGGACGAUACUAUCUCAUGGGAGUUGUUUCAGGUUCAUGGACUGAAUGUGGACAAGAUGAGGAUACCGCAGGUCUUUACACUCGAACCCUUUACUACAAGGAUGUUAUCAAAUCAAUUGCUCCCAACGCUUGCUGGCAAAAUUAGUAUUGAACAUUGAUAAAUUGUCCAAUUAUUCAAUGUUUCAGUAUAAAAACAAUUAAAAUAAUUUGAAUUAAAAUGUUGAAAGGCUUUAUCCGUAUUUGUUGCGAUUUCAAUACAAGUUAACAUGAAAGUUUUGUUUGUCAAAAUUAA